GUUAUCUAGUGGGCAAAGCGUGCAGACUAUUCUCUGCAGUCGGUUACAGACCGCAGUCCCGCAUAGGUGUGCAUCUUGGCCACUCCUCGUUCGUUUUCCUUUUUCAUGUUUUGAAGUUGAUACGAAUACAGAGACACGACAUUUGAAAUGACAAUAGAUUUUGAUCUUAUUUUGCCCGAUGUGGGUGAGUACGGAAACUAUCAGAAACUGAUGGUGUGGUUUGUCUUUCUUCCCGGGAUGAUACCCUGUGGUUUUCACGCGUACAAUCAGCUGUUUAUGGCCACGCAGCCGAAAUUUCGAUGCCUUAUACCCGAUCUCGAUUUGGCGGACCGCAAUUUCACGGAAGAAUUUAUCCGCAACGCAAGUAUUCCGUUCGUGAGGAACAAAGACGGGAGAUGGAACUUUAGUUCAUGUUCGAUGUACUCGCGGAAUUACUCCGUCGAGGAAGACCUUACUGUGCUACUUCAAGCUAGCGGAAAUUUGUCAUCAUCGGAUAUUCCAACAGUGCCAUGCCAAGCGGGCUGGAAGUUCCAGAACAAUGAUCAAGAGACAACCACAGUAGUGACUGAAUGGGAACUGGUGUGCGAUAAAGAUUUCUAUCCGACGAUGGCUCUUGUUCUUUUUGGCAUUAGCGGGCUUAUUGGUAACUGGAUUUUCGGGUACAUUCAAGACAGCAUGGGGAGACGGCCAGCGUUUUUCAUUUACCUGUUGAUUGAGAGCAUAUUCGCUAUCGCAACCGCAUUUGCUCCCACUUUCGGCAUCUGGUUAGCAUGUAGGAUUGGCGUUGGGUUUACCGUACCGGCUAUCAUGGGAACUCCUUUUGUCAUGGCUAUUGAACUGGUAGGCCCAUCGUGGCGGACUCAUGUUGCCCUGUUGGCCAACGUGGUUUAUUCAUGCACACUGUGUCUGUUGGGUGUGGUGGUGUGGCUGGUUCGUGAUUGGCGACAAAUGUCACUGGCCACCUCUCUUCCGUUUUUAGCCUUCUUCUUCUAUUGGUGGGUCUUACCCGAAUCUCCCAGAUGGCUGUUGUCGCAGAAUCGAUUAGCGGAAGCCGAAGUAGAAAUCCGGAAGAUGGCUCGCAUCAACAAACGAUCCCUCCCAGCUGGAUAUUUCAAUCAGUUCAAAACUAACGUUGAAGAGUCGGGCGAUGACAUGGAUUCCAGCCGUUCCCAACCGACUUAUGGAGCGCUUGAUUUGGUGAAGACACCCAAUAUGGCCCGAAAAACCGCAAUCGUCACAUUUAUCUGGUUCACAGUUACUUCAGUAUACGUUGGCCUUUCCUAUUACGCGCCCGCAUUAGGCGGCAAUGAAUACCUGAAUUUCCUACUGGCAGGCGUGGCGGAACUGCCAACAUAUUUCUUUCUUUGGCCAACGAUGGAUCGAUGGGGUCGACGAUGGACGCUCUGCUUCUCCAUGAUUUUGGGCGGAGUUGCUUGUCUAGCAACUCUGUCUUUCCAAGAUGAUUACGUCGUUAUGCUUGUGCUCUACUGCAUCGGAAAAUUCGGAAUAUCUUCAGCCUUUGUGGUCUUACCCUUGAUGGCGUCUGAACUAUAUCCAACUGUUGUACGCGGUAUCGGUAUUAGCAUUAGUGGCGUCGCAGGAAUGCUCGGCCCAAUCUUCAUUCCUCUCAUCAAUUACCUGGGAACUGAAAGCUUGAUGGUGCUGCCUCUGAUGAUCAUGGGCGGUCUGAUGGUGGCCGGUGGCCUGUGUGCGUUGACUUUACCUGAAACUCUGCACCAGCACUUGCCACAAACCUUAGAAGAGGGUGAACUAUUCGGCAAAGACUUUGGAUACAAACAAUGGCUUACAUGUUGCCCACCACGCCCGAAUCGACGAGAGCAUGGAAAAGACGUUGCUCAAAGGUUAGCGGAAAAUUCUGAUGUGGCCAAGCCGCUUGUGUCCCUAACGAUACCUUCAUCAGUUACUUCAGCCAUAUGAAGAUAAAUUGGACCAACCGUUUAAGUGUACGGUGUUCACGCACGUUAGAAAGAAGUCUUCCGAAGACAUCUGCGCAUCUCAUUUUAUUGUUUUUAAGUGUAGAAAAAAAUUAUUGCUUUUAAUGUUUGUCUCGUGAAGUUUACAUUUUAUAGAUUUUAUUUUAGACCAAUACAUGAUGGGGAUCACGUUGA